GUUCCAUUUAAGGCCCCUCCCGCGCUCAGUUCCGAGUGUCGGAGCUGCUGCCGCCAAGUCCGGAUCCAGUCUCGCGCGCCGCUGACGCCCGCCCUCCCGACGUGCACUCCCGAUUCCUUUUGGUUCUAAGUCCAAAAUGGCAACUCUCAAAGAUCAGCUGAUUCAGAAUCUUCUUAAGGAAGAACAUGUCCCCCAAAAUAAGAUUACAGUUGUUGGGGUUGGUGCUGUUGGCAUGGCUUGUGCCAUCAGUAUCUUAAUGAAGGACUUGGCAGAUGAACUUGCUCUUGUUGAUGUCAUGGAAGACAAACUGAAGGGAGAGAUGAUGGAUCUCCAGCAUGGAAGCCUUUUCCUUAGAACACCAAAAAUUGUCUCUGGCAAAGACUAUAAUGUGACUGCAAACUCCAAGCUGGUUAUUAUCACAGCUGGGGCACGUCAGCAAGAGGGAGAAAGCCGUCUUAAUUUGGUCCAGCGUAACGUGAACAUCUUUAAAUUCAUCAUUCCUAAUGUCGUCAAAUACAGCCCAAACUGCAAGUUGCUUGUUGUUUCCAAUCCAGUGGAUAUCCUGACCUAUGUGGCUUGGAAGAUAAGUGGCUUUCCCAAAAACCGUGUUAUUGGAAGUGGUUGCAAUCUUGAUUCAGCCCGGUUCCGUUACCUAAUGGGGGAAAGACUGGGAGUUCACCCAUUAAGCUGUCAUGGGUGGAUCCUCGGGGAGCAUGGAGACUCCAGUGUGCCUGUAUGGAGUGGAGUAAACAUUGCUGGUGUCUCUCUGAAGAAUCUGCACCCUGACUUAGGCACGGAUGCAGAUAAGGAACAGUGGAAAGAGGUUCACAAACAGGUGGUUGACAGUGCCUAUGAGGUGAUCAAACUGAAAGGCUACACUUCCUGGGCCAUUGGACUGUCUGUGGCAGAUUUGGCAGAAAGUAUAAUGAAGAAUCUUAGGCGGGUGCAUCCAAUUUCCACCAUGAUUAAGGGUCUCUAUGGAAUAAAAGAUGAUGUCUUCCUUAGUGUUCCUUGCAUCUUGGGACAGAAUGGAAUUUCAGAUGUUGUGAAGGUGACUCUAACUCCUGAGGAGGAGGCCCGUUUGAAGAAGAGUGCAGACACACUCUGGGGGAUCCAAAAGGAGCUGCAGUUUUAAAGUUUUCUUAUGUACCACUUCACUGUCUAGACUACGACAGGGUUUUAGUUGGAGGUUGUGUACAUCGUCGUUAUUAU